AGACGCAGAGGCGGUGCGCGUUUGCCACGUCGGUCUCUGUGCAGCGCAUUUACACUGUUGCUUCUUCAGCUCCGUGCUAACUUUUACAGCUCUAUUUAUGCAUUUAGCUGAACGGAUCGGAAAGUUUGUGUGAAGCGGGUGUCGUAGGAGCCGUUUGUGCGAAAUAAAGCGCUGAAUUUAAAGAUAAAGAGUGAAAAUGCCCGGGGUGGCUGCGGGUCCUGGGAGCCUCACAGACUGAUGCAUCCUCGUCCACUUCACCCCCCGUUUGUCAUUUUCCCUGGUGUUUAUGGUGACGCAGUGAGGACAGAGGGGCGUGUCCCGGAGGCCGUGUGGGUGGGCGUGGUUGCCGCGGUAACUGGCGACCAUGCCCGGGGGUCGCAGGGGUCCCAGCAGACAGCAGCUCAGCCGCUCUGCUCUGCCCUCUCUGCAGACUCUGGUCGGGAGUAACCUGGGCAAUGGCACCGGCAUCAGGAACAGGAACAGUAACGCUCUGGGUCUGUCGGCGCCGCCCCUCUCCGCCCUCAUCACGCCGGAGCCGGUGCGACACUCGAGGAUCCCGGACCUGCCUCUGGACAGCAGCCUCCUCUUUGAGUUUCUCCUGUUCCUGUAUCUGCUCGUGGCCCUGUUUGUCCAGUACAUAAACAUCUACAGAACCGUGUGGUGGUAUCCGUACAGUCACCCGGCGGCUUCUACCUCACUGAACUUUCACCUGAUGGACUAUCACCUGGCGAUCUUCAUCACGGUCAUGUUGGCACGCAGACUGGUCUGGACCAUCGUGUCAGAGGUGUCCCAGAGUAUCGGAGGAUCCCUGGUUCGAUACUUGGUCCUGUUCACGGCUCGUCUGUGCCUCCUGACCCUGUGCGGCUGCGUCCUCUGCUGGACCCUCGUCAACCUCUGCAGAAAUCACUCAGUGCUCAACCUGCUCUUCCUGGGAUACCCGUUCGGGGUGUACGUCCCGAUGUGCUGUUUCCACCAGGAGGGGACCAAAGCCCAGUCGCCCUCCUCGGACUGCGAGUACCCCGAGGACCACCCGCAGACGGACCUGGCCGAGACGCCCUUCUUCAGGCCGCGGGACUUUCUCUUUCUGCUGCGUGAAAACCUCCGUGAGCAGUUCUCCAGCCCCCCGCUCAUGCCCACCCACAAAUGCCCGCCCCCCAUGCACUCGCACACGCCCGACAUGAUCCGCGCCGAGGUGGAGGAGCUCAAGAGCGACUUCAACAGGCGGAUCAAGGAAGUGCUGUUCAACUCGCUGUUCAGUGCCUACUACGUGGCCUUCCUCCCUCUGUGCUUUGUCAAGAGUACCCAGUACUACGACAUGCGCUGGUCGUGUGAGCACCUCAUCAUGGUGUGGAUCAAUGCGUUUGUGAUGCUCAUGAGUCAGCUGCUCCCUCCCAGUUACUGCGACCUGCUGCACCGCUCGGCCGCUCACCUGGGACGAUGGCAGAAACUGGAGCACGGCUCGUACAGCAACGCCCCUCAGCACAUGUGGUCGGACAGCACCAUUUGGCCACAGGGCGUCCUGGUGCGACACAGCAGGUCUUUGUAUAAAGCCGUUGGGUCUUAUAACGUCGCUUUGCCCUCCGAUGUGUCGCAUUCAAGAUUUUAUUUUCUGUUUCAUAAGCCGUUGCGGAUCUUGAACCUGCUGAUCUGGAUCGAGUCGAGCGUGGUCCUGUACCAGCUGUACUCUCUGCUGCGGUCCGAGCGCUGGAACCACACUCUGUCCCUGGGCCUCAUCCUUUUCUGUAACUAUUACGUCCUGUUCAAACUGCUCCGCGACAGGAUCGUACUGGGAAAGGCCUACUCCUACCCCGUACCCCCCACCAGCCUCGGACUCAAGUCUCAGUGAGUCCUCGUUUUGGACGUCCGGACGCCCCCCGGGGGAGGUUAGGGGACAAUGUGAACUCAUAAUCGUGUUUUGAUACGGUUAUUUUUAAUGUUUAUAUAUAUAAACCUAUUUAAAAGAAUAUUUUAUUUUGUAUACAGUUCCAAGUUACUCCGGGCAUUUCCGUGUUGAUGACAUGAGCAUGUUGUAUUAUUGUGUUGGUGACAGGAACAUCGGGAAAUGCCAGGAGACGACUUUCACCAAAGAUAUUUAAAGUGCAGUGGCCAAUCAGAGCGAGGGCCUGGCUCUUCAGAGCGAGUGGUCCGACCUGAGAAACUUAGUCCCGUCGGCGAUUUCAAACUAAUUCAGUUAUAAUUGAUCAAACUCCUUUGGUACUCCUGACGUUUGCCUAUGUUGGGAUCACAGCAUUACAUUGUACUCGGUGUAUUAUCGCUUUAGUGCCUGUGCCCUGGGUUUUUCAAGAGUUACACGCUCAGUAACAAACAGCUUCUUUUCAUGGCCUUAACUUCUGUCUGAUUGUUCCAUCGGCUGCUGCUCUGGUCUGACCUGCAAAAAGUGCUUAUUUUGUCGCUAAAAGCCUCAUCCUUAGUUUUUUUUUCCUUAAACCAGCCGUCGUGGUAUUGAAAAACACACAGUGCAUUCAGUCCAUUUUAUUUUUCUAGAUUGAACCAAACCUCAAGUGGCUAAAGAUUUCAGCUGUAACCAGUUCCCACUGUGAAUGUUACCUUUUUAUUUGUACAGUGGGGAUGAAUGAAGACUGAUUUACAAUAAUAACAGGCCGUGUUACCAAAAUGGUGUUACAGACGGGUGUCACGUUGCUCUGCAUGUCGUUGCCUUCUGUAUAACUACAUUUUUAUAUUAAAUGGUUUUAGUGAA